AUGAUAUGGAAGCAAUUCCAGUCAAGCAGUUCGUUAAACACAUCAGUGAGCUGUAUUCUAAUAACCAGCAUGGGUUCUCGGAAGACUUUGAGGAAGUGCAGCGCUGUACGGCCGACAUGAACAUCACUGCAGAGCAUUCCAACCACCCCGACAACAAGCACAAGAACAGAUACAUCAACAUCCUAGCCUAUGAUCACAGCAGGGUGAAGCUAAGGCCUUUACCAGGAAAAGAUUCUAAGCACAGUGACUACAUUAAUGCUAAUUAUGUCGAUGGUUACAACAAAGCAAAAGCCUACAUUGCUACCCAGGGACCUUUAAAGUCUACCUUUGAAGAUUUCUGGAGGAUGAUUUGGGAACAAAAUACUGGAAUCAUUGUCAUGAUCACAAACCUUGUUGAAAAAGGAAGAAGGAAAUGCGAUCAGUACUGGCCAUCAGAGAACAGCGAGGAGUAUGGCAACAUCAUCGUCACACUGAAGAGCACAAACAUUCAUGCCUGCUACACUGUGCGCCGCUUCACAGUCAGGAACACAAAGAUGAAAAAGGGUCAGAAAGGAAACCCCAAAGGGCGGCAGAACGAGAGGACGGUUAUUCAGUAUCACUACACGCAGUGGCCUGACAUGGGUGUGCCGGAGUACGCUCUGCCUGUGCUCACCUUCGUUAGGAGGUCCUCCGCAGCCAGAACCUCGGACAUGGGACCAGUGGUGGUGCACUGCAGUGCUGGUGUUGGCAGAACUGGUACCUACAUUGUGAUAGACAGUAUGCUGCAACAGAUCAAAGACAAAAGCACAGUUAAUGUCCUGGGUUUCCUGAAACAUAUCAGGACACAGCGCAACUACCUCGUCCAGACAGAGGAGCAGUACAUUUUUAUUCAUGAUGCCUUGUUGGAAGCCAUCCUUGGGAAGGAGACGGAAGUAUCUGCAAACCAGCUGCAUAGUUAUGUUAACAGCAUCCUCAUACCUGGCAUAGGAGGGAAGACACGACUAGAAAAACAGUUCAAGCUGGUUACACAGUGUAAUGCAAAAUACGUGGAAUGCUUCAGUGCUCAGAAAGACUGCAACAAAGAGAAAAACAGGAACUCAUCAGUCGUGCCGUCUGAGCGUGCUAGAGUGGGCUUGGCACCGCUGCCUGGAAUGAAGGGAACGGAUUACAUUAAUGCCUCUUAUAUCAUGGGCUACUACAGGAGUAACGAGUUCAUAAUAACCCAACAUCCGCUGCCACAUACGACUAAAGAUUUCUGGCGAAUGAUCUGGGAUCACAAUGCACAGAUCAUCGUCAUGCUGCCGGACAACCAGAGCCUGGCAGAAGAUGAGUUUGUGUACUGGCCAAGUCGCGAGGAAUCCAUGAACUGUGAGGCCUUUACUGUGACCCUUAUCAGCAAAGACAGACUGUGCCUCUCUAACGAAGAGCAAAUUAUCAUCCAUGACUUUAUCCUUGAAGCUACCCAGGAUGACUACGUUCUGGAAGUCCGCCACUUUCAGUGUCCUAAAUGGCCAAACCCAGAUGCUCCCAUAAGCAGUACCUUUGAACUUAUCAAUGUAAUCAAGGAAGAGGCCUUAACAAGGGAUGGCCCCACCAUAGUUCAUGAUGAGUAUGGAGCUGUGUCAGCGGGAACGCUAUGUGCCCUUACCACUCUGUCCCAGCAGCUGGAGAAUGAAAAUGCUGUCGAUGUUUUCCAGGUGGCAAAGAUGAUAAAUCUCAUGCGACCUGGAGUAUUUACAGACAUUGAACAGUACCAGUUUCUUUAUAAGGCAAUGCUAAGCUUGGUCAGCACUAAGGAAAAUGGAAACGGUCCCAUGACACUGGACAAAAACGGUGCUGUGAUGGCCAGUGACGAAUCUGAUCCGGCAGAAAGCAUGGAGUCUCUUGUCUAAUUGGAAACCUGAAAAGGCACUUAAUUUGUAGAACUUCUGAAGACUGAGUGAACUUUUUUGAGGCCUUUUUUGCCAGACUCUAGGUUAUACAAUAACCCAAUUACUUUUUUACACUGAUAAAAGUUUUGAUAUUUAUUUUUUGCCAUUUUAUGUCUUAAUGGUAUCCUACUGAGCAUUUGCACCUCUGUUUAUUUCACACAGUGAAACGCAAUUUUAUCUAGUUUGCACUAUAUGAUCAGUGUUACUGCCUAUAAUAUCCUAAUACAAGACAAGCCCUGAUGUGACAUUCCAUGAGAACGAACAUACGCUUUUUCUGUUUUGUUUAAAUGCAAUGAAGUUUUUGCUAACUACAGUGACCCUCGAAUCUUAAAUCUUGAAUGCUAGGCCAGAUGGAUUCUUUCUACGACAGAUCCUGUACCCCUUCAUACCAUAUUUAUUGUUUUAUUGAUCACGUCACAGUUUUGGUAACGGUAUUCUGCAUUCCAGUGGAGUGGAUGAGCAGUGUUCAUCCCUUUCUUGACAAAACGUGGCAGGUGAUUAUUAGCUACAGUGAAGGUGUAAUAGCCUUGUGGAGCUGAAACAAUUAUUUCUGUAUUGUUUCAAAUUGCUGUUUUGUACACUUACGGGCCUAAGACUUGCUUCACAUGGAAUAUAUAAAUUACAUACAAUAUAAUUAUAAAUUAGAUGCAAUUCAUAUGUCGGACGCAGUGAUAGGUUUUGAAUUUACAAUUUCAAAAUUUCCCCAUUUAUUCAGAAAAAUGUCAAUUUGCAUUUUUAACAAGCCCUCUAUGGGAAAGUAUUUUGGUUUUAUUCUCAUCAGAGCCAAUACAGUGAGAAAUCUACCACAGCCCAAAAUCAGACUUGUUUUCAGAUAUAUUGAAGGUAGCAAUAUUUUACAUUACUAAGCUAUUCAAUAUUUUAAACACAUUAAUUUCAUUACUAUUUCUUGAACAUGACCUCACACCUAAUGGUAUGUUACAUGAUGACAGGCGUUUCUUAAUUUCAUAACUGUUAGAUGCCAUUUUUACAGGUGUGUAAUUUUCAUACUUUAGUGCUAAAACAUAAAGUACUGAUCCAUAUUUACUGGUGAAGCAAACUAAUAAAAAAAACUACCUAUA